AUGAAGUCGACGGCGAGUCGAUUGGAUCCGAAUUGGAGACCAGAGGAGCAUAUUGUGCAUGGGCCGGAAGGGCGGUUCAGCGACGUUGUGCCCGACGCCUCUCAGAUCAUGGCGGGCACAGGGCUGCAGGGCGAUGAGACGACAGCUGGGAGCUGGGUUCGGAUUGUCGAUGGAAGCGUGCCCAGAGUCGUGGCCGCACGUCUGGAGGAGCACAUGCGGGAGCUCGUCCGAGUCGGGCAAAGUUGGGGGAGAGGAGGCCCUAGGGAGCAGCCUAAAGGCGAUUUGAUGGGCAAGAGAGGCUCGUCGUGGGGAGGAGGGGCCGCCCGAGUCAAGGGGACCAAGCGGGAGCUUUCAGCGGCUUGCGACGCUCCGGCAGCGCCCUGGAGGCCUUGGACGCCCGGAGCGGUUUACAGGGGGGGUGGCCCUGAAGCUAUACGGAUUAAGCUCUUCAGCAAGGGCCCCCGACGGCGCGCGCUCACGGCUGCUAGGCCCUUAGACCAGAGCUACGGCAGUCUAGCACCUUGUGGCUUUUUCGCUCGCAGGGCAGCACAGCAGCAGCCAUCGCGAUUAAGUUUAAUCCAGACGCAAGGGAUGAACAGUCACAUUGCAUGCCCGCCUGCAUGCCUUGGCCAAAAAAGGGGAGGCGUUUUUUUGGUCGCACCAACGGGAAUGUUACAUGGAGUUGUUCUGAUUCGCCUGCUAGCCUGCCUCGUCCGUAUUGAUGCCGCAUUUCGCAGCCAAACGAUAAUGUGGGUAGUCCCUGAUCUGCCCGGGCUGGGGGCCAGCAAGUCGGAGCAAUGA